AUUGAAUGUUUCAACAUGUAUUUAAAAAGCGAUUCAGGCUUAGGAGGAUGGAUAGCCAUACCAGCUGUAGCUGAUGUUCUCAGAUACUCUUGCAUUGUUUGCUGGUCUUCUAGGGAAAAGAACAAUGUGGAACAGGACCUUAAAGAGAAGGAAGACACAGUUAAACAGAGGACAAGUGAGGUUCAGGAUCUUCAAGAUGAAGUUCAAAGGGAGAGUAUUAAUCUGCAAAAACUACAGGCCCAGAAGCAGCAGGUGCAGGAACUCCUUGAUGAGCUGGAUGAGCAGAAAGCCCAGCUGGAAGAGCAGCUCAAGGAAGUCAGGAAAAAGUGUGCUGAGGAGGCCCAGCUGAUCUCUUCCUUGAAAGAUGAAAUAACUAGUCAAGAAUCUCAGAUCUCCACUUACGAGGAAGAGCUGUCAAAAGCUAGAGAAGAACUAAGUCGCCUACAAGAAGAAACAGCACAACUGGAAGAAAGUGUGGAGUCAGGAAAGGCUCAGCUGGAACCUCUUCAGCAGCAUCUACAGGAAUCACAACAGGAAAUCAGUUCAAUGCAAAUGAGACUGAUGGAAAUGAAAGAUUUGGAAAAUCAUAAUGACCAAUCAAAUUGGUGCAGUAGCCCACAAAGCAUUCUUGUAAAUGGCGCUACAGAUUAUUGUAGCCUCAGCACCAGUAGCAGUGAAACAGCCAACCUCAAUGAACAUGCUGAAGGACAGAACAAUCCAGAAUCUGAACCCAUACACCAGGAGUCAUCAGUGAGAAGUAGUCCUGAAAUAGCAGCUUCUGAUGUGACUGAUGAAAACGAAGUUGUGACUGCAGCUGGUAAUGAAAAAGUUAGUCCCAGAUUUGAUGAUGACAAGCAUUCAAAAGAGGAAGAUCCAUUUAAUGUAGAAUCAAGUUCACUGACAGAUCCAGUUGCAGAUGCGAACUUGGAUUUUUUCCAGUCCGAUCCUUUUGUUGGCAGUGAUCCUUUCAAGGAUGAUCCUUUUGGAAAAAUUGAUCCUUUUGGUGGUGAUCCUUUCAAAGGUUCAGAUCCAUUUGCAUCUGACUGCUUCUUUAAGCAGUCUUCUACUGACCCUUUUACCACUUCAAGCACUGACCCUUUCAGUGCAUCCAGCAAUAGCAGCAAUACAUCGAUAGAAAUUUGGAAGCACAAUGACCCAUUUGCUCCUGGUGGAACAGUUGUUGUUGCAGCUAGUGAUUCAGCCACAGACCCUUUUGCUUCUGUUUUUGGAAAUGAAUCAUUUGGGGAUGGAUUUGCUGACUUCAGCACAUUGUCAAAGGUCAACAAUGAAGAUCCUUUUAAUCCUACCAUAUCAAGUUCUUCCAGCAAUGUGGUCGUUCCAAAAACUGUGUUAGAGGAAACAUCCACCAAGAGUGAGGAUGUACCUCCAGCACUGCCACCCAAGAUUGGAACUCCAACAAGACCCUGCCCGCCACCCCCUGGGAAAAGACCCAUCAACAAAUUGGAUUCUUCUGAUCCCUUUAAACUGAAUGAUCCAUUUCAGCCUUUCCCAGGCAAUGAUAGUCCCAAAGAAAAAGAUCCUGAUAUGUUUUGUGAUCCAUUCACUUCUACUGCCACUACCAAUAAAGAGGCUGACCCAAGCAAUUUUGCUAACUUCAGUGCUUAUCCCUCUGAAGAAGAUAUGAUUGAAUGGGCGAAGAGGGAAAGUGAGAAAGAAGAGGAGCAGAGGCUUGCCAGACUCAACCAGCAGGAACAAGAAGACCUGGAGCUUGCCAUUGCACUAAGCAAAUCGGAGAUAUCAGAAGCAUGAAGAGAUACCUAUCCUUUGUCAGCAGGACAGUGCUCUUCUUGGAUGCUGCAGCUAUUUACCAUGUGCAUCAAACUUCCUAUGAGCAUGGGAUACAAAAAGUUUGAGAUUCCUAUAAAUGUGACAGAAGUGGAGCUUGUGGUUUCUUUUUUGGGGGGGGAGCUAUUUCAAAUGUGUCUUUUAUUUUUUCUUCCAAAAACAGUACCCUAGUUAGACAGCGUCCCCUAGACCCCUGUUCUGGUGUGCAUUUACAGUGAGCUCUUGCCUGCUUAUACUAUUCCCUGAAAAGCUAGAGCACCACGCCUCUGCCCUCUGGAACCUAGCAGAUGUAGUUUCGUGCUGUUCUGCCCCUUGUUCUGUAGUUCCUAUGACAGCAACUGGAGUUCUGAAAGUGUGCAGGUAUUCUCCCUGAGCUGAGAGGUGGAAGAGAGGAAAGGGAAAGAGCAUCCUGUUUCUUUUUUCAGUACAAUAGCCAGUUAAAAGUGCAUCAUAUGUACUUCUGGAGAAAAUACAACUUGUUAUCUAGAGACAAGGCAACAUAUUCUGUAAAGAUCAGCUCCACUAGAUGAAUUAAUUUAAACUAUUAUUGCUCCAGGCUCAAGUAAUUCAUAAAUAAAAGCAUUAAAGCCUUGUAUGUGAAACAUCUUUAAAACAACUUUCUCUGGACUUAAAAGAAUUUUAAUAUUAACAGAUACCUCGAUGCACAUUUCCUAGUUUAAAAAAAAAUCUUACAAAUCAAAUUUGUAAGGAAAUGUUCAUAUUAAGUGCUAGUGAGGAAAACUUGUAAAUUAAAAUACAGCCUGUCAGUUUAAGCAAACAGUUAGCCUGAACCCAUCCGCCUUGCAGCCACACUGGCCUUCUUAGUUCAGAAGUGUCCUGAGCUAGAAUUGGAAGGUACUUGGUUUUUCAUUAUAUGUUUUGUUUCUUUAGUGACGGCCCAGCUAUUUUCAGUGAUACAAAUGAAAGAAGUAACAUAUAUUCCCUCGCUUUUUGUCUGUCUUUGUAGUUUAAAUUAUUUCAUUUAUUUUACUUUUUUUCACCUGUAAAAUUAGCAAGCUAUUCCCUAUCCCACCCCACCCCCCAAAAAAUUCCUGGUUUUUAAAUUGGGAGAAAAAUAAACAGACUUGUCAAAUUAUCAGAGCCCUGCUUUUGUUACACCCAUCUUUUGCUAGACUGUCCUGACAGACAGCUGGAUUUAAAAUGAACUGUGAAGUGGACUAUAAAUUGGAUCUUUUUUUUUUUAACAUGAGUUACUAAUUUGGUGUUUUCAAUACCAAGAUAAAGAAAAUGCACCUACAAACUAAUAAAAAUUCUCUAGGGUCACCAAGUUAAGGUGGUAUUGAACUGUGUUAACCAGAGUAACUUACUACCUGGCCUAUAAAUAAACCCCACAGUACCUAAUCAGUCCAUCUUGAAAUGGUGCUUUUUUGUUUGUUUUUGUUGUUGUUUCCACACACUAUUGGAUGGCUGGAAUUUAAAGCAAACUACCACCUUCUUCUUGCACUGCUUUUUUCUACUUUUGUAAAUGAAUAUUUCAGCAUAAAAGUCAUAUAUACGACAUAAGGGCUGAAUCAUAACCACAAGGCUUUAAUUGUGAUAACUAAUCCAGUGGCCUAAGUAUUUGUUGCAAACAGUGACUGAGAAGGUCAUGUUGAGAGUGUGAUAGGCAGUGUUUUCUGUUUGUUCCCCCUCCCCCUCUCUCUUCAGGAGAAAGGUAAGUUGACUUGAAUAACCUUCUUUUGCACUGAGAAAAGUGAAAAAUGUUUGAAAUGCUUUAAAACUUUUUUAAUUAAAAAAUACUCUGGAAAUAUUAAAAAUCUGUAACUUAAUAAACAGCAACUUCUGAUGUGUAGUAAGUGUGCCCUAAUCUUCAGUGCACUUAGCUGGGUCAUAUAGACUCAUCCUUAGUUAAGAUGUGUAUACUCAGUGGGCCAGUGUUGUACUAAACUGUGUAUAUAUUAUAUAAACAUAUCUAUAUCUCCAUGCUUGAUUGUAUAGGACAAAUGUCUUAAAGAGUCAUUUGUGAUGUCUUAUGGUGUUGACCCUGGCUCCAGAGCCUGCGCUUGAAACAAAGUUUUAACCAUCUUUUACCUAUUUGUUCAGCUUUAUUUGAGCUCUCUUCACAGAAUUUUUCUCAUGUUUCAAACUUAUAAAUUACAGUUGUAAUUAUGAGAAUAAUAAACUUUAAGAAAUAAAAAGUGAACUAUCUAUCAUUU